AUGCCCUCACCCAAAACCAUCAGCUCGGCUACCUUUUCGAACUCAGGAUUGUCGCAGUCGCUGUCAGCAUCGCUAUACCACCGCGAGCAGACCCUCCAGACCCAUCAAUUACAUCAAUCGGAUUCACCGCAAUACCAGCAAGACCACCAUCGACAACAACAACAGCCGUCUUAUCAGAAGCAGCACAGACUCUCCAGGUCCUUCCCCUCGUCGCCGUCUUCAAAUCACCUGGCUGCCCCCCGCUACCCGAUCGGCACACGCUCCGACCGACCGCAGGCUCCAGUCUCAUCUUCGCUUGGUUCUCGUCUUGACACAAGCACGACCUUUUCGCGCAAAACGCCGUCACCACUUCCACGAACAUCGUCUCUUCUACCGCCCCCGCAACAGCCUACAACUCACUGUCCGUCAAGAAAGCCUGAUGCCGUGAUCCCUGAAGAUUCUGACUCAAACUCGCCGUUGCACUACGAAGUGUCUUCGCAUCUCCGGCCCUCCACCGCCCACUCGCGUGCGAGCAGCGCAGGCCUUUCGAGUGACGGUGCGAGAAACCUCAAUCGCUGGUCUGCCUCGACAACAUCAAGCCAAGCGUCGACCCAGGACAAUCGCGCCGUCAACUCUCAUGCACGCCGCGUGAGCAUUGAUGCGUCUGCACUAUCCGCAACUAACAGCAUAUCGGCGCCUAGUCAGCCAAGUCAAAGGCUCCCGAGACACCGACGACGAUCCAACUCUAGCGACGGCCUUUGGGAAAGUAACGGUGGAAGCAAGUUGCGCGCCUAUUCACCAUCUGGAUUGACGCACAACGAAGGUCAUUUCGCCCUAUUCACAUCCCAUAACCACAACUCGUCCGCAACCAACAAGCUUGCAACACAAGGAAACGGCUUGCGAGCGCCAACGGGAGCCUCCCGUGCGCUCGAGACUGACCUCCUUACCGACCAAAACCGAACCUGGGAUGCAUUCUCCGGCCCGGGGCGGAGAGGAUCAAUUGAACAGCGUCGACAGCAGUCUUCUCGCGCAGCAAUGCCAUCCGAACGCAAUGGGGAGGCCUACGAGACGAAGGGUCACUCCCGGAAUUGGUCGCAGGCCGCCAAGGGGAGUACCGACACCACUGGGUCCUCGCGGGGCAAGGAAAGGGGAAAUCGGCCGCCAUCGCAAAAGGCCAUGCUCUCACGAGCUUUACAAAAGGCGAAUACGGCAGUUCAGCUAGACAACGCGCAGAACUUUGAGGGUGCGAGGCAUUCAUAUGCGGAGGCAUGUGAGCUGCUACACCAAGUGCUUGCUAGGACAUCCACCGAGGAGGACAGACGAAAGUUGGAGGCGAUCAUCAAGCGUCGAACAUACACCAGUCGCAUUGAAGAAUUGGAUCAGAUGGUUCCGGUGCGGCAAGUUACGGAAGGCAAAGCACUGCCGGCUAGACCUGAAAGCCUCGGCCUGCGCUUGAAUCCUACCUUACAGUUCGACGACGACGAUGAAGAUUUGGAGGAUACGGAUGGGUUAGAGACUGCGACACUGGCCAGGAUAUUGAGGGAGGGAAAUCAACAAGCAGCCAGCUACAGUGGUUCUAGUCUGGCCAUUUCACGAAUGCAUGGUCUGGGGGAUCGACAAAGGAGUACUUCUGCAAGGUUGCCGGAGCAGUAUCCCUUACAGUCCUCCUUCUCACGAUCUCCGCUUCGGGAUCGUGCAUCAGACGAUCAACUCAUCUUCCAAAUACCCACAGACGACGCCUACAUGCCACCGCCACUCUCACCUAGACGCAUCCCGUCACCCAAGCCUGACGGCCAAGGUAGUCCCGAUGGACCCAUCAGAUCCGAUUUCUCCCUAUCAGCAAGACGGACUAGCCAGAGUUCUCGACAUGUCAGGGACUCAAGCAGAGAGUCCAAUUCAUGGUUGGACCCCAUUGAUGAGUCUGGAGGCUCCACAGCGUCCUCUGUUCAUUCCAGGUCGUCAUCUGCAGUUAUAAGGCGCAAGCACAUACGGGCUCCGAGUGGCGCUACGGAAGCAGAGUUUGACGCGGCGUUAGACGCUGCAGUCGAAGCAGCCUACGACGAUGGGUAUGAGCCGAUGGGCUUUUCUGAUCUAGAAACUCAAGGAUCGGAUGAUCCGAUUGUAGCGAAAGCCUUGAGAAAGGUUGAGCUGGCCAAAGAGCGGGUCCGCCAAACGGAGAGAGAAGCUAUUGCACAAGCCAAUGAGAGAGAGCGGCUUGCGCGAAGUCAAAUGGACCAGCAGUCCGACGAAGAUGUCGUCCGUGAAGGCUUUUUCGAUGACGGAUCAUCAGACGAAGAGGAGCGCAUUCUCGACGAGAUCACUCGAGACUACUCGGUUGACGACUUCGCCUUUAACUUAGCCUCUCAUCAGGCUGCAGCUAGGACUUCGGGCUCAAGUGAUUUGGUCCAGUCGUCCUGGCAGGCAUCCGUUACUCCAACCGAUGCCGUAGGUGGUGAUGUUUUCUCCUCUCUUAUCGAGCCCAUCACCACAAAUAACUUUCCAAGUGUCGGAGGCCCUGCAGUUCCGCCACCAGCACAAGCUUUGCCAGAAUUGCCUGGUAAAAAGCCUUUAUCAGGGGCAACGCCAUCGCCAGGCCCUGGGCAAAGUGUACGAAGCAGGCGGAUGUCAGGACAAAAUCCCAAGCAACUGAAGAUUGAAACUACGAAGCUUGCAAAGUAUACCGAUGCUGGUCGACGAUACAGUGUUGCCCAAGCGUCAAGUGAAAUACAGGGGGUAGAUUUCGAACACCUUGAUAUCAACGGGCCUCCUGAUACCGAUGCGGAUGGCUCAAUGGCUCGGCCAUAUUCGCCGCCUGAAGGCAUCAGUCCGACCCAACCAGUGCCUCCUACACCUCCCCUUGGCCACUCAAGAAGUCGGGACAGUGAAGACUUUACGGGCAGCCACUCUGGGUCGCCUUCAUUCCGACCUACGUUAAGAAAGAACUUCUCUUCCUCAAGCUUAAGAAGCAUGAAGAACCGGAACAUGUCUCUAUCGAACCUGGACGAUACGUCUGACAUGUCUCCUGGCACCCCAUUAAGUACUGCUUUUGGCAUUAACGGCAGGCAUCCGGCGAUGCCGACCUUACCGACACCGUUGGCUGCUGCUUUCAAAGAGAAAUUCACACCAAGCUCUGUUGGGGGUCUUUACUUGUUUGACGAUAGCCUACAUUCACCACAGAGCCCGGGGUCUCCAAACACACUUCAGCCAGAUGCCCCAAUUCCCCUAGAGCCGUGCCCAACAGACUACAUGUUGAGGCCAUUUUGGUUAAUGCGCUGUCUUUAUCAGACGCUUGCACACCCUCGCGGAGGAUAUCUCAGCAAUAAGUUGUUUGUUCCACGCGACGUAUGGAAGGUGAAAGGCGUCAAAAUUCGAAACCUGGAGGAUAAAGUGGCAACAUGCGACUACCUGACAGCUGCGCUAUUAAAGCUUGCGCGAGUCGACACAUGUGAUGCGGAUGCCGUUCUCGAAGAGAUGCAGGCUUUGGAGGGCAUUCUCGAACAAGUGCAAGUCGGGCUGACACGGAAAUUGGGCACAGAUGUGGGUGUGCAGAACUCCAGCAUGUUGUUUCGAGAUGCUUCGAACUCAGCAGAGCUUGAAGCCGCAAUUAGCGUGCCACGUUCAGCCAGUGUGUCGGGAAAGUCCUCAUCCUUCUCAUGGCGGAGACUGCGGUCCAAGAAUUCGGCAGCGGGUUUAAACAACUCUUUUAACGCCAAGGGAAAUGGGGUAGAGAGCGGCAAGGAAUCUCCAGGCCUAGAAACGUUGCCCAUGACGGAACACCCAACAAGUCGCCCCUCUAGAAGGGAUCCGAGCAACGCACAAUUUUCAGGGCCGAAUGCGAACUAUAUGGGGUCGCUGGCUCGAUUGUUUGACGCUGCUCAAACGAUUGACCAAAUCGCGCGCCAGGUUGAAGAUCCAGGCCUUCGGCAUGCCGACAAGACACAGGUUGGCCUAGAGCUGUGCACAAGACAUGCGGCAGAAUUUUUUGGCUUCUUCAUCUGUCGUUUUGUGUUGUCUGACCUGAGCCUCCUCUUGGAUAAAUUCAUCAAGAGGGGAAGCGAGUGGGUUCUCAACUAA